AUGGGGUUUUCUGGAUGUGGUUCUUCAGGCAUGGUUUUUCACCCUUUGUUAGAAAAUUGGUUAAUGCUUGUAUCUCUACUGUAUCUUUAUGUGUUGAUGAACGAGAACCCUUUGAAGGAGAUCAUCCUUGCGAGAUGGUUGAGACAAGGAGAUCCCCUAUCUCCUUAUUUGUUUAUUUUGGGCAAUGAGGUUCUUUCAAAACUGUUGUUGAAAGCUCAAGGGGAAGGCAUCUUAUCUGGGUAUGAAGUGGCUGGUGGCUUCCUAAAAAUCUCUCAUUUACUCUAUGUCGAUGUUACUAUGCUCUUUCGUGAAGCAAAUAUUGACCCAGUUAAUUUACUCCAGCAAUGCCUCCACAAGUACAGUUAUUGGUCUGGGCAGCAUAUCAACAUGAACAAAUCCUCUAUCAUUUUCUCAAAGAAUGUGUCUCAAGGAGUGAAUAAUAGACUCCAGACCUAUUUGGGUUUCAAGUUGAUGGAUAAAACCAACAGGUUCUUGGGGAACCCUUUGUGCAUAUCCAAAAAUAGAUAUGCUAGUUUUAAAUUUACCCUCGAUAAAGUGAUGAGCAAGCUGAAAGGGUGGCAUUGCAAGUUGCUUUCCCAAGCGGGAGGAACCACCCUCAGAAGUUCGUUCAUUCAAGGGAUCCCGUCUUAUUGUAUGUCUACUUAUCUUGUGCCAAACUCGAUCUGUGAUGACUUGGACAAAAUUGCUAGGAAGUUUUGGUGGUUGGGAAAUUUUUGA